AUGGGAAGGGAAAUGGGCCAAAAGUUCCAUGCAUUCAUGUUCCCGUGGUUCGCUUUUGGUCACAUGACUCCGUACGUGCAUCUAGCUAACAAGUUAGCUGAGAAAGGCCAUAGGGUUACUUUCUUGCUGCCCAAGAAAGCCAAGAAACAGUUAGAACAUCUUAACUUGUUCCCAGACAGCAUCGUCUUCCACCCUAUUACCAUUCCUCAUGUUGAUGGUCUCCCUGCUGGCGCCGAGACCCCCUCCGAUAUCCCGGUCACACUAUGGAGGUUCUUGUCCACAGCCAUGGAUCUGACACGUGAUCAAGUCGAAGCUGCGGUUCGUGCCUUGAGACCUGACAUUAUCCUGUUCGAUCUUGCUUACUGGAUUACGGAAGUGGCGAAAGAGCAUGGAAUCAAGAGUAUGUUGUACAACGUGAUAUCAGCUACCUCUAUAGCUCAUGACCUUGUCCCUGGUGGUGAGUUAGGAGUUCCUCCACCUGGUUAUCCUUCAUCAACUUUAUUGUUCCGCCGACAUGAUGCUCACGCCUUGCUGUCUUUCGCCGUUUACUACAAGAGGUUUUAUUAUCGUGUCACCACAGGUCUUACGAAUUGUGAUUUCAUUUCCAUUAGGACAUGUAAAGAGAUCGAAGGUAAGUUCUGCGACUAUAUAGGGCGUCAAUACCAGAAGAAGGUUCUCUUGACGGGUCCAAUGCUUCCUGAGCCAGACAAGAGUAAACCACUUGAAGAUAAAUGGAAUAAUUUGCUGAGCGGGUUUGAACCAGGCUCUGUAGUGUACUGUGCACUAGGCAGCCAAAUCACCUUGGAAAAGGACCAGUUCCAAGAACUAUGUUUGGGACUGGAGCUUACUGGUUUACCGUUCUUUGUAGCUGUAACCCCACCAAAAGGCGCCAAGACGAUUCAAGAAGCGUUACCAGAAGAUUUUGAGGAGAGGGUGAAGGGUCGUGGAGUAGUUUGGGGAGAAUGGGUGCAGCAACCAUUGAUAUUGGCUCAUCCAUCAGUAGGCUGUUUUGUGAGCCAUUGUGGAUUUGGGUCAAUGUGGGAGUCUCUAAUGAGUGACUGCCAAAUAGUCUUGCUCCCAUAUUUGGCUGAUCAAGUUCUCAACACGAGACUGUUGACUGACGAACUCGAGGUUUCAGUUGAAGUGCCAAGAGAAAAGACAGGAUGGUUCUCUAAGGAGAACUUAAGGGCUGCAGUCACCUCUGUGAUGGACAAAGAUAGUGAUAUUGGGAAUCUGGUGCGUAGGAACCACUCCAAGUUGAAGGAGGUUGUGGUUAGUCCUGGAUUGUUAACUGGUUACACUGAUAAUUUUGUUGUCACUUUGGAGAAUCUACUCAAGGAGACAAAUCUUGCAUGA